AUGUUGCCUCUCCUGCCACUCACCCUCCUCCUCCUCCACUCCUGCUUCCCCAGAAGAGGAAGCAGUCUCCUCCCUCAGGAAGGCCUGCCCUGGAAAAAGACAGAAUUUGCACUCCGACUCUACCACAGUGUGGCAGCGGGGGAAAAUGGGACAAAUUUUGUCAUCUCACCUGCUGGUGUGUCUCUCGCGCUAGAGAUUCUACAGUUUGGAGCCCAGGGAAAUACUAGCCGGCAGCUGGCAGAUGCACUGGGAUACACUGUACAUGACCCAAGAGUGAGGGAUUUCAUGCAUGCUGUUUAUUCCACGUUGCGCAACUCCAGCCAAGGCACCAAGACAGAGCUGGCGUGCACCCUUUUUGUACAAGUGGGAACGCCGCUGUCUCCCUGCUUUGUGGAGCAGGUCUCCACGUGGGCCAACAGCAGUGUGGAGCCAGUUGACCUCAGUAAAUCCAAUGGCACCACCAUCCAGACCAACAAAGAGGAAUCUGAACAACUCACAGGCUGGGGCCCAGACAGCCUACCGUGGGAGGAGGGCAGCACUGCGUCUGCCCAGCUCGCCCUCGUGAGCACUGUGACCUUCCAAAGCCGUUGGCAGAAGACAUUCUCCUCCAUGGACUCACAGCCCCUGCCUUUCACCAGUGCCCACGGCCUCGUCUUUCGAGUCCCCAUGAUGCACCAGACGGCUGAGGUCAACUAUGGCCAGUUCCAGGAUGCCAUGGGUCAUCAAGUGUCACUGCUGGAGCUGCCAUACCUGGGGAGGGCAGCAAGUCUCUUCCUGGUGCUGUCCCGUGACAGAGAUACACCCCUGGACCACAUUGAGCCACAACUUACAGCCAGAGUCCUUCACCUCUGGACCAGCAGGCUAAGGAGAACCAGGAUGGAUGUGUUCCUCCCCAGAUUUAGGAUCCAAAACCAAUUCAACUUAAAAAGCAUUUUGAGGUCUUGGGGAGUCAUCGAUCUUUUUGAUCCACUCAAAGCUAACUUGAAAGGAAUUUCAGGCCAGGAUGGCUUUUAUGUUUCUGAAGCAAUCCACAAGGCCAAGAUGGAAGUUUCGGAGGAAGGAUCUAAGGCAUCUGCAGCCACAGCUCUGUUGUUACUGAAAAGGUCUCGGGUUCCUGUUUUUAAAGCAAACCGGCCAUUCCUCUUUUUCCUGCGAGAAUCCAGCACAGGUUUUGUCUUCACUAUUGGGAGAGUUUCAAAUCCCCUUGAUUAAAUUAGCAGAUUUCAAGAAUGUUCUCUACUUUCAUGUACACUUUUCUUCAUAAAAAAGUUAUUUUCAUUUUGCUGUACCCUUGAAACUUUAAAAUGUAAAAAGGGUGUAUGAUUUUCAAGUAUUAUCAAACUAAAAAUACUUCAAUUUUAUAAGUUUACCUUCUUAAUCCAAAUCUAUUAUAUAAAUGUCAACCUUUCCUACUGGUUACCCCUUUAGCCACUAAAAGGCACAGCAGUGAUAUUUGAAUAGAGACUAAGUUAGGUAAUAGGCUCAUAAAGUCACAUUGGAUUGCAGGGUGGAAAAUGGUGUUGAUUUUCCUCAUUCUGUGUAACUCAAAAAUGCAGUAUGAAAGAAGUUGUCUGAAAUCCAGCUCCCUUCUAUUAAGUUUCUCAAUAAAGUUGGGAGUUUAAGUGACAGAAGAACAGAGUACAAGGAAGAGAUCCUCCUCUGAACCCUUAAUGUGCUGCAGGCUUUAUAAACCUGACACGGUGCCAACCUGUCAAAAGUUGGUAGAUAACUUCCGCAUAUGUAGUGUACCCCAAAUUUAAUACUUCCUAACUAAUGACUUCAACUAAGUGUCACCCACAAUUCUCGUAAGACAGGAAAAGGUAUAAAAAUCAAAAUAGCCACAAUUGUCCUGUUAGUAUCUGCCUAUCUGCUGCAGGCAUACCUAUUCCAAUUAUUGAGGCAGAAAUAAGAGUAUGCUGGCAUGACCAAGAAAAACUACGGACAUAUAGUAAAAAGACAAUGCAGAUUAUGUAACAUGUAAUUACAGUUAUGUUUAACAAAUAUAACUUCAAGUGAUGUAUUUUCCAAUGCUAAAAAGCAAGGCCUUUAAAGUUCCAUUAUUCAGACGUUUUUCAAUGACUAUUUUAAAUGUGAUUAUUUCCUAAACCACGCAAGAGUAAAAUAGAGCAUUUAUUGAUGGGAUAACAAAAGUGCUUUUCUUAAAUAUUCUUCAAAAUACAUUUGUACAACUUACAAUAAUAUAUCCAAAAUAACUGUAUAUACAAAACAUUACCUAGUUUUAAUGUAUGUGCUUUUUUCCCCAAAAAUUCAAAGUAACUUUUUAAAUUUUUUUUUUUUGGCAAAGUUCAACCUUAACAGAGGUGACAAUUUAAAGGUUGAUUAAGAAAAUAGAACCUGAGGGAAAUUGACACGCAGAGUCAAUGACAAGCAAGAGAUUUGGAGGAAUAUUUUUAGUUUGUUAAAUAAAAAUGUUUUUAGAUACUUCUUCACAUUACAAAAAUAAACCAAAA